UACGGCGCGAGAGGUCCUGGGUUCGAAUCCCGGGCAAGGCAUUGGUGUAACAUAAUUAUACAUGUUGAAAUUUGAUUACGAUAGUAUAACGUUAUAUGAAGAAGGAGAAAUUUACCCUUUGGCUGUUGGUGUAAGCUGUAGGCCAUAGAGCAGAAAAAAACAAGAAAAAAGAAAGGAAAAUGGAAAGUAGUCUAUUGACAUUUGAUUAAGGGCGGGAUGGGCGCCACCAAGAGGGCGCGCUUCGUGCGCUGGCCGCGGUGCACCACCAGCCGGCCCCCCGCGGCGCCUCCCCAGCCCAGCAUGGUGAGCCGGCUGUUCGAGGCGCACGGCGAGUUCUGCGCCUCCUACCCCUGGGAGGUGAUCAUGGCCACGCUCACGCUCACCGUGUGCAUGCUGACUGUGGACCAGCGGGCCGCGCCGCCCCUGGAGGCGGCCCGCCGCCGCUGCAGCUGGGGCGGCGACUGCCUGCGCCUCGAGGAGUACCAUGCUGUUGACGUCAUUGUCAUGACCAUCAUUCGCUGCGUGGCUGUUCUGUACAGUUACUACCAGUUCUGCCACCUUCACAAGCUUGGUUCCAAGUACAUCUUGGGUAUUGCUGGCCUGUUCACAGUCUUCUCCAGUUUCGUGUUCAGUUCCAGUGUCAUCAACCUGCUGCGCAGCGACGUAUCUGAUCUCAAGGACGCGCUGUUCUUCUUCCUGCUGCUGAUCGACCUGUCGAAGGCGACGCUGCUGGCGCAGUUCGCGCUGAGCGCGCGCAGCCACUCGGAGGUGAAGCAGAACAUCGCGCGGGGGAUGGCGAUCCUGGGCCCCACCAUCACGCUGGACACACUCGUGGAGACGCUCGUCAUCGGGGUGGGCACGCUUUCAGGCGUGCGCAGGCUGGAAGUGCUGUGCUGCUUCGCCUGCAUGUCCGUCAUCGUCAACUACGUGGUCUUCAUGACGUGCUACCCGGCGUGCCUGUCGCUCAUACUGGAGCUGUCGCGGUGUGGGGAGGAGGACCGCCCCGCCUGGCACGACAAGUCCCUGUUCGUGCGCGCCCUGCACGACGAGGACCAGAAGCCCAACCCCGUGGUGCAGCGCGUCAAGGUCAUCAUGUCCGCCGGCCUCACCCUCGUCCACGUGCACAGCCGAUGGACGUUCACGGACGAUGAGGAGGUCGUGGAAGACGCGCUCAUGGCCGGCGACCAUGUGGUGACCUCGAACCACACUGAAGACGCAGUGCUGCACAGCUACUUCAUGAGGUGGCUGACGGUCAGUGCUGACAACAUUGUGAUCCUCAUCCUGUUACUGGCUCUCACCGUCAAGUUCAUAUUCUUCGAGGACCACGAAGGGCGUGCAGGGCUCUCCAGGGACUACCUGAGGAUCUCUGGCGCCGGGCCCCGCAGAUCCAAGACCAUGUUCUCCGUGAAGGGUUUGCCGGAGGGGCGGCCGGAAGCGCUGCAGGAGCCGGGACGGCGGCCGGGCGCCCGGGCCAGCUUCUCGCUGUCGGACGGGGACUCGGACGAGUGGCUGGUGGAGGAGCAGACGUGGCUGGAGCACAAGGAGGUGCAGACGGACCGCGAGGAGCCGGUCGCGGACGUCGCGGCGUCCCUGGGCGCCUGCAGCCUGCGGGACGCUCCCCCGGCGAGGGAGCGCGACGUCGGCGAGUGCCUCGCCGUGUACAAGUCGGAGCUGGGGGCAGAGGCGCUCACGGACCCGGAGGUGAUGCUGCUCGUGAGGGAAGGCCACAUCCCGCCCUACCAGCUGGAGAAGGCCGUGGCGAACCCGGAGAGGGGCGUGCGCAUACGCCGCCAGCUGGCCGCGCAGACGGGCAACUUCCUGCACGCCCUGGCCGACCUGCCCUACCAGAACUACGACUACUCCAAGGUGAUGGGCGCGUGCUGCGAGAACGUGAUUGGCUACAUCCCGGUGCCGGUGGGGCUGGCGGGCCCGCUGCUGCUGGACGGCCGGCUGGUGUACGUGCCCAUGGCGACCACCGAGGGCUGCCUGGUGGCCAGCACCAACCGCGGCAGCCGCGCGCUGCUGGGCUGCGGCGUCACCAGCCGCCUCGUGGCGGACGGCAUGACGCGCGGGCCCGUCGUGCGCUUCAUGUCCAUCGCCCGCGCCAGUGAAGCGAUGAUGUGGAUGCAGACGGUGGAAAACUUUGAGAACAUGAAGAAGACUUUCGACUCGACGAGCAGGUUCGCACGACUGACGAACAUCCACAUCCGCAUCGCGGGUCGUCACCUGUUCGUGCGGUUCGUUGCCAAGACUGGCGAUGCUAUGGGCAUGAACAUGGUCUCCAAGGGCACGGAGGCCGCACUGCGCUUCGCCCAGGAAACCUUCCCGGACAUGGAGAUCCUCAGUCUCAGCGGCAACUUCUGCACCGACAAGAAGCCAGCGGCCGUCAACUGGAUCGAGGGGCGCGGCAAGUCCGUGGUGUGCGAGGCGAUCGUGCCCGCAGACACGGUGUGCUCCGUGCUCAAGACGUCGGUCCACGCGCUGGUGGACGUGCACAUCGCCAAGAACCUGGUGGGCUCGGCCGUGGCGGGUAGCAUCGGGGGCUACAACGCGCACGCCGCCAACAUCGUCACGGCCAUCUUCAUUGCCACCGGCCAGGACCCGGCACAGAACGUGGGCAGCAGCAACUGCAUGACGCUGAUGGAGCCGUGGGGGGCGAGCGGAGACGACCUCUACAUCUCGGUGACCAUGCCCUCCAUCGAGAUCGGCACGGUGGGCGGGGGAACCAUCCUGCCGCCGCAGGGCGCCUGCCUGGAGGUGCUGGGCGUCAGAGGGCCCAACGAGGCGUGCCCCGGCGAGAACGCCAGCCAGCUGGCGAGGAUCGUGUGCGCGGCCGUGCUGGCGGGAGAGCUGUCCCUCAUGGCCGCCCUCACCGCGGGGCACCUCGUCAGGAGCCACCUGCGACACAACAGGUGCGCCGCCCCGCCCCCCCACGUGUCACUCUUGACUGCAGGUCGUGAUAUCUUACAUUGUCACUGUAGCUUGGGGCCUUGUUGGUUAUUUGAACCAGUCUGAGGAUGCCAAGUACAAAUUGUUCCUGCUCUGAUGGCACCGAAAUAGGUAUGCUUUUUGAAGUUAUACUUCUUUGGGCACUUUAUAAAAAAAAAUGAUAAGUGAAUUUUUACGAUGCACGCGCAGCAUGCAAAAAAAUUUUCACAGGAUGGCAGAAAAAAAAAGCUACAUAAAAAUCAAUAUUAUAUUUGUGCUUUUUUAAAUCUUAUACAUUAGUGACUGAUGUUGAAUACAGGUCCAUAUAAUUAAAAAAAAAAAAAAAUUGUUCGUGAGUACUAUGUUUACAGUGAAUGGAUUUCGUUCCUGUUUUUACACUGCAAUGUAUUAUUUAGUUUAUUUUGUCUGCGUUCAGUUCAUGCUAAAAAAAAAAUGGGUUGUUGUUGCUUUGCAUUACAACUCAUUGCAUGUUGGAACCCAGCAUGCACUUAUAUUUUAUUUUUGAUAAUACUGGAAAACAAAAACAGAUCUCACCUUGGGCCAAAAAUUAUCAUAUAGUAGUUUCACUUCAAUUCUGCAGCUAUGUUUUAUUCUACUAAAUCAUAAACUGGGUACAAUUUUUAUAGGUACCAAAAUGUUAAAAAAUUUAAUGUUAAAAAAAUUCAAAAGUAAAUCAUAAUAUCUGUGAUUUUUUGAAGUUAAUAUUCAGUCUCAGUUUGCACACUUGCUGAAGUCUACCUUUAGGACUGGUGUAUUUAUAUGGCAGUUUUAGCUGCUCAUGUGAAUUUAUCAAUUUCUGGCAUAAUUCACACUGGUGUCUUGUUAGUAAAAAUCAGUUUGUAAACCUGCAUAAAAGUCUAUAAAAAGUAUGAAAAUAUUAUUUAUGCCCUUAAAUGCCAGAAAUUUGGAUCGACAAAUUCCCAAAAUUCAGAUCUAUAGAAAAAUUCUAGAACCCAAGAUAGCAGCUGUUCAGCUGGGGAAAUGUUCCUGCACAUAAAGGCUACACCGCAUGGUGCUCCACUUUUGAUAGUCCCGCAGCUAAAGAGAUUCUCUAACAAAAUUAUAUUACCUUCAUUUAUCUUUACUACAUUAGAAAUGUAACAGUACUCGUCAUAGGUUAUAACGAGAAUAAUACUACAUUCCCGCUAUUGUGGUUGAAUGGCACUCUUCCUUGCCAGGACGUGACUGCCUUACUGUAAGCUGCUGUGUUGCGAUCCCGCGGAAAGACGGAAGGUAACGGCGUGUC